AUGAACCAAGAACUUGAGGAUGACAAGUUGCAAUUGGUUCAACAGUGUGAGGAUUUGAAGCGGGAGCUAGAAAUUAUGUAUGAAGAUAUUGCAAGGUUAUCAAAAGAGGAUAACAAGAUUUCAAAAGAGUUGGCCAAUUUGGAAAAAAAAACGGGUGAAGAGGGAAAAGUUGGUGUUGUAGUGCAAGAGGUGGGGUAUGGCAAACGGAAGAAUGGACCAAUUGUUGAUUGGUUUCCUAAUGGCGAUGCUGAAAUUCCAAUUAUCAAGCACUCGUAUUUCGAUGUGUGUAUUGAAAAGUUUUUUGAAAACACUAUCGACCGACACUAUCGAGCGAAGCGAGAUAGUGGAGCACACUAG